UUACCACCCGCGGAAGGAAGAAAAAAAAAUGGGGAAAGAAAAGGACAGAUGCAAGACACUGCUUGACUUUACACUUUUUAAAGAGGCCGUCCAUCAGCGUCCUUUCAAGCCAAAAUAAGAGGUUCAAAGUUGCAACGAUGGGCGCGUUGGAGACGUUGAAUGCCCGUAUCGCAGCCAGCCGAGCAGGAAAAUGGUUCAAACUCGAAGGAUCGGGAGCAAUCAAGGAACGAAGGGGAACACGGUUCACGACUGAAGUGCGAGCGGGUCUUGCAACGUUUGUCACGAUGGCGUACAUUAUUAGUGUCAAUGCCAAUAUCCUUACAGAUUCCGGAGGUACAUGCGGAUGCAGUCCUCGUGCACCUUCUGUAUGUCUCCAGGACCCAGAAUACCUCGUCUGUCUGGCUGAUAUCAAAAAGGAUUUGAUCACUGCUACAUCGGCGAUUGCUGUUAUUGGAUGCUUUCUUAUGGGGACGUUUGCCAAUCUGCCAUUAGCGAUUGCGCCUGGAUUGGGGUUGAAUGCGUAUUUUACUUACCAAGUUGUUGGACUCCACGGGAGCGGUAACGUCUCAUACCAAACCGCUUUGGCAGCCGUGUUUAUCGAGGGUAUCAUUUUCUUGGUGCUCUCUGCUCUCGGGUUACGUCAACUCUUGACGAAAGCUGUUCCCAUGUCAAUCAAAACGGCAUCCGCGGCUGGUAUUGGGUUGUUUUUGACGUUUAUUGGGUUGCAGAGUUCUGCUGGAAUUGGACUUGUCACUGGGGAUGGGGCUACGUUGGUUGCCCUUGGGGGUUGUCCAGAGAGUGAAAAGAAGGGUGGAGUGUGCUUGGCACAUCAUAUGGAAGGCGGUCACACUUGGCUCGGUAUCCUUGGUUUUCUCAUCAUUGCCUUUUUGACAAUCUUUCGGGUAAAAGGAUCCAUCCUCAUUGGCAUCAUCUUUAUCUCCGCCGUGUCCUGGUUCCGUCAUACACCAGUGACCUUUUUCCCAGACACUCCAUCCGGAAAUGACGCCUUUGACUACUUUAAAAAAGUAGUCGACGUCCCUCGUAUUCGUCACAUUGGCGGUGCACUCGACUUUUCAUUGGGAUCCGGUCAAGUUUGGGUGGCACUCAUUACAUUCUUGUACGUGGAUAUUCUCGAUACGACCGGUACCAUGUUUUCAAUGGCCAAAUAUGCGGGAUUCAUGGAUGAGUCUGGGGACUUUGAUGGAUCUUAUCCGGCGUUUUUGUCGGAUGCUACGGCGAUUACCGUGGGUGCGGUUCUGGGAACGUCACCUAGUACCGCGUUCAUUGAGAGUGGAGCUGGGAUUGCGGAAGGUGGACGAACAGGGAUCACGGCGCUUGUUACGAGUUUCUUUUUCCUUCUCAGUCUGUUUUUUGCUCCCAUUUUUGCCUCAUUUCCCCCGUGGUCGACUGGUCCCGCCCUCAUUCUAGUCGGCACCAUGAUGGCCCAAUCCGCUUUCUCCGAAAUCAAUUUCAAGUACCUUCCCGACGCCAUCCCCGCCUUUCUCACCAUCGUCAUCAUGCCCCUCACCUACUCGAUCGCAUAUGGCCUGAUUGCCGGUAUUGGAUCCUACAUUGUCAUCAACACCGUCCUACUGCUUUUGAAAAAAGCUUCAAAGGGCCGGUGGGUCCCUCCUGAUGCUGAGAAUAAAGAAGAGUGGGGACCAAAGGAAAUGAAGGAUUUGUACCCGUCUUGGGUUAAUUAUCUUCUUGACAAGUCUCGUGGACGUACAGCAGGAGAUGGGGCCACUGUUCAUGAGGCAGAUGUGAAGGAGAUUGUUGUGGAUAAGGGUAGAGUAGAUUAGUAAAAGUGUAGCGUUUAUGAUGGACUAGUGUGUGUUGUUAGGCGGUUUUGUACAUAGCUUUGACGAAUUUUUUAGUGUGGUAAUCUUUCUUGUAUGCAAGACUCGAGAGAAUGAUAGCCUAUGUAAUUGAAUGUCGUCGACACAGAGGAACAGGGCGCAACGGGCGGGUAUACCUGACCUGAUACCGCCAAUGCCA